AUGCUCGUCCCAUCUUAUGCUGCUGACGCUCGCUCGCCGCCGCCUGCGCCCUCGCAGAUCCAAAACAACGUGGGCGAGGCGGGUACGAGCAAAAACUCGAUCGGCAUCAUGUCAGAGAACCAGAUGACAGUGAAGGUCGGCAUCGUGUCGGCCAAAGACGGCAGCAUCAAGGUCGUUAUCUUCUCCGCGCCGGAGUCGCCUCCGCUCCUCGGAGCAAAGGCUUGUGCGUGUGCGCUUGUCGCAGAGCUACCAUCUCCUCCCAACACGCUCCCAUUCUCCCAGGCGAGCGGCGCCAAGAACGCACCCGCUGAGGACGUCACCGUGGCCGAGUCCGGCGCGUCAAUCAAGGAGUUUCCGGGCGUCGCCGACUGGAACGUCUCGACCAAGGAGGUUCCAGAGGAGUUUCCAGAUCCGGCCGGCGCCAAGGCCGUCGGCAUCCCGCCCAAGAGCGAGCCCAGCCCGCUCAAGGACGGCGUUGACACGGGCGGCGGCAACGUCGCGGGCGAGUUGUCCCCGAUGAAGUCCUUCGCGAAGGUCGGAAUCGUGCCGGCUGACGACGGCCGCAUCACGAUCGUCAUCUCCGCGUCGGUGUCGCCUUCGCUCCCCGGAGCCAAGGUCGCGUUCAAAUGCCCGGAACGGACGUCACAGUGGUGUCCGGCCGGCGCGAUCACCGAGCUGUGA